AUGCUAAACCUAGUUUCUAAUUCUCACUCUCCAACUUCAACCUAAGUAAUUCUUUAUUGUACAAUCAAGAAAGAGAUAAUUUUAUUAGACUUCAGGCCCUUUGAAAGGAAUCUUAAAAAAUAAGUCUCUAUAUGGAGAUAAUAUAGACCGAAAUUCAUUGUAAGGAGAUAAGAAUGUAGAAGAUGAAUUAAUUGAGCAAUCAUUUUUAUCAUAAGGAUCUUUUCAUGCACACAAGUAAAUUGAAUAAUAUGAUAGAAAUUCAAAUAAUUAAGUUGCUGAGUAAAAAUCAAAUAUAAUUAAACAAGCAUCCAAUAAACUUGGAAGAUUAAAUAAUGUAUGGAGAAACAAAUCUUUAAAUAUAAUUUAUUAUAUAUCCAAGUUCGCAAGAUAAUUGAAAACAAGCGCAAAUAAAAUAAAAUUUAAACUAUUAACAAGAAGGAUUCUGGAUCUCAUAAGGGACUUGGGAUCUGAUACUGACGAAUUAUUAAGGCAAAGAGAUAAUUAAUAUCAUAAAAAAACGGUUUAAACUAUGAAAUGCUUUAAUAAAGUGUUAAAUAAAAUUCAAUAUUUGCCUAUCAUUGAACCUGACUCAAUUGUUAAAUUAUCUUGGGAUAUCAUAGUAUUAUUGGCUAUUGUUAUAAAUAUUAUCUAUAUACCUUUAGAAUUAAGCUUUUCAGUUGAUAUGGAUUAAACAACUUAGUUAUGUUUAAACACACUUCCUUCCUGGCUUUUUGUUGUAGAUAUAUUUGUUACAUUAUAAACAGCUUUUUAUGCAAAAGGAAUAAUACAUAGAAAUUAAAUAGAAAUCUUUAAGAAUUACCUUAAAGGAGGUACUCUAAUUCUAGAUAUAAUUAUUGUAAUUCCAAUAUUACUAUCAUCUUUGAAUUUUUCAUUUUUUAAAUAUGCUCUAUUAUUAAGAAUCUUUAGAUUACCAAAAAUAGCAAGCAAUAUUGAGGAGAUAAUUAAUCCAAACCAACAAGUAAAGGCAAUAAUUUCAUUAAUUAAAUUGAUAUAUUUCAUUUUGAUUACAUGUCAUUUUUGUGCAUGUAUGUGGGCAUUUUUAGGGGAAACUUAAUUAGAAUAUGGAUUGCAUUCAUGGAUUGCUCAUUAUCAAAUUGAUGAUUCUAAUUGGAGAAUAAAAUAUAUCUAUUCAUUUUAUUAUUCAGCCAUAACAACAUUGACUAUUGGAUACGGUGAUAUAACACCUUAAACAAUUCCAGAAAAAAUAUAUACUAUAUUUUUGGCUCUGUUGGUUUGUGGUGUAUUAGGAUACAGUGUAUCAACAGUUGGAGAAAUAAUUAAGCAACUGCAGGAGAAAAAUCAAGUGUUUAAAGAAAAAAUGUCUUUAGUUACUAAUUAUGUGAAGAGUAGAAAGCUUAACAAAUAAUUAUAAUUAUAAGUUAGGAAAUAUUUUGAGCAUUAUUUUAAAUUAGAAGAAAAGUCAUAAAUCGAAGCAGAAGAAUUGAUGUAAAAAUUAACUGUUGAAUUAAAAUAGAAAGUUACUUUUGAUUUAUAUUGUUCCAUCUUAAAAUAAUCUAAAGUACUUUCAAAUUUGUGCGAUUCUUGUCUGUAAAAAUUGUGUUUGGUGGCACAUGAAUAAAAAUAUGCUCCAGAAGAAAUCAUUUGGAAAUAAAACGAACAAGCGUCCAAAUUAAUUUUUUUAGUUAAAGGAAAGCUAGAGUUGAUGGCCAAUGAUAUUGGAUUAAAAAGUUGGAAAAAAGGAGUAAUUGGAGAAAGAGAAUUUGCUUCAUAAACUACUUACAUCACAUAUUUAAAAGCUUCUAAAUUCUCUCAAGUAGUUUAUAUUGAGUAUUCAGAUCUUUAAAGAAUUUUAGGUGAUCAUUAAGAAGAUCUUGAGAAAAUCAAGAUGCUAUAGGAUAAUCUUAUAUUUAAUGAAAAUUAUAAGACUUUUGGUAAUGUUUGUGAAGUUUGUGAAUGGACUCAUUCAAUAGAGAAAUGUCCAUUCGUUUUCAUUAAAGUGAAUAAAACUAAAAUCAUGAAUAAAUUUAAAGAAACCAAAGAAUAAAAUAGAUUAUUUUCGGAUAGAAAUAUUUUUAGAUACACUUCUCGGAAAAAAAUUAGUGAUAUUUAAGAGUGUGCAUUAGCUAUGAUAAUAAAUGAAAAAUUUAUUCAUCAACUAGAUAUUACUGAUGCAUAUUUACAGCAAUUAGGAUUUGCUUUAGAUGUAGAUGAUUAAUAAAAUGGUAGUGGGUAAUAAAGAUAAAAUACUUAAAGAGAGUAGACUGCUCUUAAUGAUACAUUCACUGUUAAAAGCAAUACAAAUAAAGAUAAUCUAAGAAAAUAAAGUGAUAGUUUUUCUAAUGAUGUAUUAACUUAUAGUGGCCAAAUGCCGCCAAUCGUUCCUCAUUAAUCAAUACCUUCCCCUUAAAUUUCUUAGAAAUUAAGCAUGAAUAAAAAAAAGGAUGUUUAGGCAAAUGUUAAAUAACCCGAAAGCACUACUAUUUUACGAAAACUUAAAAGGGAAAACUCUUAGAAUAUUGAAAAAAGAAUUUAAUUCGUCUAAUCAUAAUUAAGUGAAUCUAAAGAAUUAAGAAAAAAUUCUAAACUUGAUAGCUGGAGAAGUAUUGAGUAAAAUCUAGGAAUUACAUCUAAUAAAAAAAUUUCUUAUACAAGUUAAGCUAGUGUAAGUUUGUAUAAGUAGAAAAGUUUAUAAAAAUAAAUUAGCCUUGCUGCUAGUCCUAGAAAAAAAAAGAAUUCUUCGAGUGUUGCAGGCACUUUAAAUUCCAGAACAUCUAAAGCUCAAUAUGUAAAUUCAAAUGAAAAUGAUGACAUGGUCAUAAUUAUGGAAGAAGCAGAAGAAAGAACAAUUGAAUAUUGUGAUUUUGAUCUUGAUAAGCAAUUCAUAAUGACAAUUUAUUUUCCGAUAUUUAACUAUGAUGGAAUAAUUAAAAAGAUUCAGUUUUAGUAUUAAUAAAAGUAAAUAUCCAUAAAAGCAAGUAUGAAGAAAUCAAAAACCUUACAAAGACUUAUGAACGAUGAUUGA